CACCUUCGCUCCACCAUUCAUCAUCAUGCCGACGACGAUCAAGCUCGAUCCGCAGACAAAGAAUGCUACAGAGGCCCUCUUGCCUCUGGCCAUCGUCGACAGCCUGGCCUCGACUGCUGGCCAGGCUCAGCAGCCCAUUACCAUCGAGUGGGAAAAGGGAGCUGCGAAUUCUGUCGUUCUCGAGGCUGGAGAGGCGGCGCAGCCUGUCAAUGGCCUCGCUGAUGUAGCUCAGUGGCUCGUGAACAGCUACGCCAGCACCGGUAUCGCAGGGAGCGACAGCGUACAGAGCAAAGAGGCAUCAGGCUACCUGCAGAAGGCAAUCUCUCUCGCCUCGCUACCCUUUCCCGCGGCCCUCGAGGAGGCUAAUGCCCUCGACGACCGCCUUGCACUGCGCACCUUUCUCGUAGGACAGACAGUUACCAUCGCAGAUCUCGCCAUCUGGGCAGGUAUCCGCGGCUGCUUCCCUCUUCUCGCCAUCUUCAAGAAGGGAACCCACGUCCACCUCGCUCGUUGGUUCGCGCACAUGGAGGUCGUAUGCAAGCCCGCCUACGACGGCUUCAACGAGGCAAAGCGCGCCAAGCCGACUGCCGCUGCCGCUGCUGGGGGCGAGGAGGCUGGCAAGAAGGCCGGCAAGGCUAGCGAGCCUACUCAAGCCAAGUCAUUUGACAUCUUCUUGCCCUCAGCCAAGGAAGGACAGGUUGUCACCCGUUUCCCACCCGAGCCUUCUGGAUACCUCCAUCUUGGACACACCAAGGCCGCCAUUCUCAACCAGUACUUCGCUCGCUCCUACAAGGGCAGGCUGAUCGUACGUUUCGACGACACAAAUCCGUCGAAGGAAAAGUCAGAGUUCCAGGACGCCAUCAUCGAGGACCUCGCUCUACUUGGCAUUCGUCCCGAUCAGACUACUUUCACGAGCGACUACUUUGACGUCCUCUACCAGCACGUCGUCCAGCUCAUCAAGCAGGGUGAUGCCUACGCCGAUGACACAGAGCAGGAGGAGAUGAGAGCACAACGUAUGGACGGUCUGCCCUCGAAGCGUCGAGACCUCUCCGUCGAGGACACGCUCGCCCGCUUCGCUGAGAUGACGAGCGCAAGUGCCGAGGGCAGGCGCUGGUGCCUCCGAGCAAAGAUGAGCGUCGAUGAUCCCAACAAGGCGCUGCGUGAUCCCGUCAUCUACCGAUGCAACCCUGACGUGGUUCACCACCGCACAGGCACGAAGUACAAGGUCUAUCCCACCUACGACUUCGCGUGCCCCAUUGUCGACUCGCUCGAAGGCAUCACGCAUGCCCUGCGUACCAACGAGUACCGCGAUCGCAACCCGCAGUACGCCUGGUUCCUCCAGAAGCUCAACCUUCGCAACGUUGAGAUCUGGGACUUUGGACGCCUCAACUUCCAGUACACGCUGCUGAGCAAGCGCAAAUUGACAUGGUUCGUCGACAAUGGCAAGGUGACCGGAUGGGAUGACCCACGUUUCCCCACCGUCCGCGGCAUCAGGCGUCGCGGUAUGACUAUCGAGGCGCUGCAGCAAUUUAUUCUCGCAACUGGACCCUCGCAGCAGAUCAUCAAUAUGGAGUGGGACCAGAUCUGGACCCUCAACAAGCGUAUCAUCGACCCUAUCGUGCCGCGCUUCACUGCAGUUGAUGAGGCGGGCAAGGUCAAGUGCACCAUCGAGGGUGCGGGUCCGGCUCACGAGAAGGCUGUCCCCAAGCACAAGAAGAAUCUUGAAAUUGGCAACAAGACGACUGUGUACGACUCCACCAUUUGGGUUGAGCAGGAAGACGCCAAGAGCUUUGCCGACAACGAAGAGAUUACGCUCAUGGACUGGGGCAAUGUCUUUGUCCGCUCCAAGGAGCUCGACCCCGCCACGGGCGCCGUCAAGUCGCUCAAGCUUGAAGCCCACUUCGACGGUGACUUCAAGAAGACGAAGAAGAAGGUACACUGGCUCGCCGACUCAGCCACUCGCCCGCUUAUCCCCGUCACCCUGCUCGACUUCGACUACCUCAUCACCAAGCCCAAGCUCGAGGAAGAGGACAAGUUCGAGGACUUUGUCACCCCACAGACCAUCUUCUCUACCCAGGCACUCGCUGACGCGAAUGUGGCUGAGCAGCUUAAGGAGGGUGACAGGAUGCAAUUCGAGCGCAAAGGGUACUACAUCCUCGACAAGAUCAACGGCGAGUCAGGGAAGCGCGAGUUCGUCAAGAUUCCAGAUGGCAAGGUCGAGGCAUCACGCAGUAAGGCUGCUACUGCUGCUGCCGCUGCGGCUGAUGGAGGCAAGUCGGCGGCUGCGGGCGAGGUAGAGGAGCGUAAGCGCAAGGCCAAGGCUGAGCGCGAGGCCAAGAAGGCCAAGGGAGCUCUCGCCGCAGCAGCUGGUGCCGGGAGUAAGAAGGAGGGCAAGAAGGCCUCGAAGGAGGCUGCUGCUGCUGUCGUUGCUUCGAGAGACAGCAAGGAGGAGGCUAAGGAGGUCAGAAAGGAAAAUAAGGCCGCAGCGAAGGAGGGCAAGCAGCCCGACGCUGGCUCUUUCCCUGAGCUGGUGGACGGAGCUGCAGCAGGGAAGACGAACAUGUACGCGAUGAGGCCUAUCGUUGGGGAUCUGCAGCAAGAAGAUGGGGGAAACAAGGUCAGCGGGAUGUACUCGAUGAGGUCAAUUCAUCAGUGAGCGAGGGCGGAUGGGCGAUGAGGCGAUAGGAGCAAUGACAUGCUCAGCAUAGUAGGCCGUUUUCUUUCAGCUGCAGCGAGUGAUAUUGAGCGCCUUCCGGAGCGGUCACACGAUACCUUUUGCGCAUCGCUUCAUAUGUAGACAGCUCCAUCUCUUCGCGAUCGAUGUGGGGUGAUUCGGGGUUGCCUGCGCAUGAUGCGCUCCCGCUGGACGUGACAGCGAUUAGCGGCUUUUCGAGCAUCCGGAGAGCAAGGACGAGCCGGGUCAGGAGGCGCACGAGAACAAGGCUGGCCAGCAAGUGGUGGUCACCGAAAGAAAGACAUAGACAAUGCAAUCCUCCAGCGAGCUAGAGACCGAUGCGGCCAAUGAGAAAAGCGAGCUCUAUCAAAGGCAGUCUCGGUAGUUGCGGAAGAUGUGGCAGGUGCUGAAUGA